AUCAUCGGGACGUGAGUAAUGACAGAGUGGUUAUAAAGACAUUUUCGAAGAUUUUUCUUUUCAUCACUAUGUUCAAGUUCCGUAACAGGCACAAAUGUAAUCUAACUUUAGCAGAUCGGCAGAAGAAUCCGAGCUUCGUGAACCAGCCGGAAAUGGACGGAUUUAGGUUCGCUGCUGACAGCAUCGGCUACAGCACGUUGUCGAAGCCGACGACUGGCGUUGGAGCCUUGCAGCAGCCAAUCAAGGAGUUGUAUUUGAAAUUCAAAAAACCGGUCGGUGCUUCCAAACUCCAAAAGGUCCUCCUUCGGGUAUCCCAAGCCGGCCUGUCUGUAGCUGCAGCUGAUGGGUCUAAAGGUGAAGUAGUGCACGACCUGAAUUCCAUAACACACAUAGAAGCCGUGCGUUUCACGCUGAUCAGCGGCAAUGACAAGAAAAUACGUGCUAUAUUCUUACCUUUGGAGGAGAGCAGAGUUCCACCAAACAAGGAUAAAAGCGUGUUUACCGUUGACAAAAGUUAUCAGUUCUUCAAACAGAUCAACCACCCCCCUCUGCUAGCGUGUGUUUUGAGACGGCCCCGUGGUGUGAAGUCUCUGGACUGCCACGUGUUUGUGAUGGAGAAUACGGAGGACGCGCUCCAGGUGAUUUCGCUCAUCAACCAGAUGGAGUCUGGCAGCUACGAUAUGGAAUAUAUCGGUGACCGGCCGAAGGAGGGGAGCUUUAACCGCGGACAGAGAAAUGACGUCAUUCGCACGGAAUACGGCGAAUAUUCGGUGUACACUGGUUCCAAGUUCGAUCUGAAAGACGACUAUUUCAGACCUCGCGAGGGUGCGGAGGUGACUCUCCGCCCCCAGUCGGAAAUACCCUCCAACGAAGACCACGACGACUAUACCUGGAAUUACCGACGUGUCGUGUCCAUGGACGACGGUUGGCAACGUGGGGAAGGUGGACAGUAUAGCCAAGAAGAACAAUACCCGGGUCAGUCCAGACCGGCCUCGACGUAUGAGCCUUCUCGGCUGGGUUACACCUACGAGAGGCCGGGCUCCAUUGUCCAUCAGAGGCAGGGGUCGUCCGGGAGUGGGGAGACGAGGCUGAACAGGAGCUUUAACGAGUCGUCGGAGCGAGGAGGCCGGUUUGAAGAAGGCGUCGAGCGAGGACAGAUCUUCCCGUCUGGAAGACCAAACAAAUCGAUACGCAACUCUGACAUAAUACCGCCUAAAGUGGCAGAGAAACCACCCAAGUUUGAAAACCUGAACCGACCCAUGCCACUUCGACCACCAAGUCCUCAGUUCCAGCAACCACAGAGACCGCUUUCACCCAGAGCGCUGGAAUCUCCGAGAUCGCCAAUCGGAAUGGAGUCGCCGUCGUACUCUCAGCAGAUGCCAGCCAAUCGUAGUUUCCAUGCUCCUACCUCCGGACCAUCAUUUUCUAUGUCCAACAGAGAGAACUGGAAUGCAGGUCAGAAGCAGACGAUCGCAGAGGAAGUUCCUCAGCAGAAACCGAUAGCCAAGGUGCCCCCUCACCUGAUGACGGGCGUCAAGGUCCUUCCCACAGAUUUCUCCGCAGUCAAGCUGAAGACCCGAUCUCCCAAGUCGUCAUUCGACGAAGACCACGACUACGACAACAACCUGAACAUGAAGGCCAAGGUCAAGUCGCACAGAGAGGACGACGAAAACCAGACUCGCGCUUACCACUACACGGACUCCACAGCCGAGCCGGCCAUGUCCAACAACUACAGGGGCCAACAGCAGCAGCAGCAGCAGCAGCAGCAGCAACAACAGCAGCAACAGCAGCCUAUCUACAGAGACGAAAACUACACGACGAGGGUGCACAACUUCUCACACGACUACGAGAAAUACCACGACGACGACAGGCGGUACAUUGAACAGUACGACAACGACUUGGACGCCAAGCAGAGACAACAGUACGAACAGCGACUGUCGGAUACUCGUGGCGGCCAGAAUCGAUACAGUUCCUCGGGUUACGAACCGCCUAGAAACCAGUGGCAGGACAGCCAGGGCGGAAACGAAAGGGUUUCGCCUCUUCCUUAUGACAUGAGUGGGCGGGAGCCUGCUAGCGGCAGACCUGUGUCUUACGGCGGGGUCCAAGGCGGGCAACCGCCCCCGAAGAAAGAUGCAGAGAUUGCCUCCAUGUUCACUAACCUACACAUUCAGAGACAACCGCCAUACCACUACACACAAAGCGAUAACAACUUUGAGCAGUCGCUGGGAUACUUUCCGUGAUAAUGCGGUUACCUGUUUCUGUUAUUGGGUUCUGUGACAAAAUAAUGAGCACUGCUAAUAAGUGCCAUUGUGUGUUAUUUUAAAGAGACUGAUCUGAAAAAAACUUGUUCUGUAAAUAUAUAUACAUGUAGUUAUGCUAAAAAAAACUACAACAACAACAACAACCAUGAUGCAAUCUGUUGCUCUUUCUUGGUGCCCGUCAAGUGUGCAAGGGUGAGGUUGUUUUAAAUGCUGUGUUAAUCAAAGUGGUAGUGUUCGUGACGUCCAGGACGAAAAAACGUAUUCAAAUUACGUUGUGCAAAUGUGGAACUGACAAUCUACUGUAUGACAAUAAUAUCGUUCAGUGUAUAUAUGCUGUGAAAGUGAUCCAUGAGUGACUCCGCAUUCCACGCUGCUGCAUUGUUAUGACCAGGGCCACACCUAGCAUACCGUGAAAUGGAGCUGGGUGGAUAUCGUAAAACCACGCGUUCUUCUACAGCUAAAAAACAAAGUCACUUUUAAACUAACGCCAACACCUUUUGGUAAAUUGUAGGGGAGGGAAGGGACGCCUCUUUCACUUUCGUUAGGUGCGGCCCUGUUUACCUGGUUUUUGAUGAACCGUAAUUUACUAAAUAGCUUUAGACAGAUGCAUUUUAUUAUUUACAUUUCAUAUCAUUGCAUGGGUGAGUCUGGCAGGGUCGGUAUAUUACUAGUCUGAGGUGGUUUCGUUGUAGGAUCGAAGCCCAUUGUUGGACUGAUUUCCCCCAUCCCAGCUAGUUCCCUAGAACAGAUGUAUCAUCAAAAACCGUGGUAUGUGCUGCCACUUGUGGGAAGUGCAUACAAAGGAUCCCUUGCUUGUAGUGAAAUUGUUUUCAGCGGCUUUACUCUUAAGAUAAUAUAUUACAAUUACCAAAUGUUUGACUGCCAAUUGCCGGUGAUUAGUAAAUUAAUGUGCUCUAGUGGUGUCAUUAAACAAAAACUUUUAUCUUAUUACUGAAAUAGUUAGGUUACUUGUACAUGUAAUCAAAUACAUUUUGAUAUAAUGAAAGGAUAUAAUUAAAACAGUUAAUGUUAUCUUCUAGGAUAUUUACAUUUUGCAUGUUGAUCACUUCAGACAGACAUACUCGUACUUCAGUUAAGAACCUAAUUCAUGACACCUCGAACACAGUUAGCGGUAACGUUGACAUCCAUUGCUAAUUUAUUGGUCAUAUAUUUAACAUGGCAGUGGCGUUAAUAAUGUAAUGUUAUUCUUAUCCAGAAUGCACUUAACAUUAUAAAUACCUAGUAUAAUAUAUAAUAGUUGUUGGAGCCAAUAUGUACUAUACUCAACAACGAAAGUUUAGCAAAUAUCUUUUAUGACGUCUAUAUUUGCCAUGGUUGAAUAUACUUAAAAGAAAACCAGGUCCGC